AGCUCAAUUCAAAUCGUCAGUUUAAAACGGACUCUAACGGUCAAAUCAAAUGUUCCCAAACUCUGUUCCUAAAAACCUCACUCCCUCUCUGUGUCUGGGAUUCCUCUGUCUUCUCCAGCCAAGAAAAUCUACAAAUUCUCUUAUCCAUUACUUCUCUCUCUCUACAAAAUGUUGACUCCUGCAAAAUCAUCGAGUUCAAUCUCAAAGGUCAGGGUCAUAAUAAGGGUCCGUCCCUUUCUCCCCCACGAAACCGCUUCCAGAAACGGAAACUCCACUCCUUGCGUCUCUGUUCUUGAUUCGGAACUCGACUCUACCCAGGAAGUCACGGUUCAUCUCAAAGAUCCAGAAACAAGUCGGAACGAGUGUUACAAGUUGGACUCGUUCUUUGGGCAAGAGGACAACAAUUUGAGCAAGAUUUUCCACAGAGAAGUCAGCCCUUUGAUUCCAGAGAUCUUUAAUGGCUGCAAUGCUACUGUCUUUGCAUAUGGGGCUACUUGCAGUGGAAAAACCUACACUAUGCAGGGCACUGAUGAGAUCCCAGGUUUGAUACCGCUGGCCAUGUCAACAGUUUUAUCCUUGUGCCACAGCACAGGAAGUAUUGCAGAGAUUUCGUAUUAUGAAGUCUAUAUGGACAGGUGCUAUGAUCUUAUGGAAGUCAAACCACAGGAAAUUGCAGUGAUGGAAGACAAAGAUGGGGAGAUUCAUCUGAAGGGGCUAUCUAAGGUCCCGGUCAAUUCGAUGCCUGAAUUCCAUGACGUGUUUUCUUGUGGAAAUCAGAGGAGAAAGGUUGCACACACGGGUCUUAACGACGUCUCUAGUAGGAGCCAUGGAGUGCUUGCAAUUACUGUUUCAUCUCCUUGUGGUGAAGGUUCUGGGCUUAUUGUUGCUGGGAAGCUUAACCUUAUUGAUUUAGCAGGUAAUGAAGAUAACCGGAGGACCUGUAAUGAAGGGAUUCGUCUCCAAGAAAGCGCAAAAAUUAAUCAAUCCUUGUUUGCACUGUCAAACGUUAUUUAUGCGCUAAAUAACAGCAGACCUCGAGUGCCUUACAGAGAAAGCAAACUAACCCGGAUAUUGCAAGAUUCUCUUGGUGGAACUAGUCGUGCUUUGAUGGUCGCUUGUUUGAAUCCAGGAGAGUACCAAGAAUCUGUUCAUACAGUCAGUUUGGCAGCACGAUCCCGCCAUAUCUCUAAUUUUGUUUCUUCAGCUCAGAAACAUGAAACUCCCAAAUUUAAAGUUGACAUGGAGGCAAAGCUUCGCGCUUGGCUUGAAUCGAAAGGAAAGACAAAGAGUAGUGCACAAAAAAUGAGGGCUUUUGGUUCUCCAUUGAUAAUAAAGACUCCUAGUGCCAUGAGCUCAACAAAGAAGCCCAAAGCAUAUAGCUCAGCAAAACAGAAGUCUAGCACCUUUCAAAGUGCUUCAACUGUGAAAGAAAGGUCUUCUGCUUUGCCUCGCAGAAAUCUAUUCACCAAUGUUGCUCCAGUUGAUCCAAGCACGGAGAAAGAUACGAACCUUCACAAAGUGAAAGAUUGUAGCACAAUUUCAGAAGAUGGUGGCUCGAGAAAAAUUUCAAUAGCUCAAUCUGAUGGCAAUAUUCAGCUGCAUGCAUACAAUGCUCUAGAAGCCACUAUUGAGGAAACUACAAUGGAGGACUCCAAGGUCUCUACUGAUACGAUUGUGCUUGAAACAAGAACAUGUACACCCGAUAAGUUGUCGGACAAAGCGGAGAAUAUGGAAAUCAUCAGUCAUUCCAACUUUGAUGAAUCAUCACCCAUUUGUGAGAAAAUUAAAGCACUGCAGAGUUCUCUUAGGAGAGUUCUUUCUCCUAUCAACUCCAACAUAAUCGUUGAGAACAAGUCCUCCAGAGAUCAAAUACGCUUAGCUCUUCUCGAUCCAAAGACUCCCAAAACACCUUUCCUUCUUAGUUGUCCAGGUGACAAGUCCGAAAAGAUUGGCACCCCUCUUGAUAAACUUAAUGCACUUGGCUCUAACUUAAAGAGCUCCCUCGUCCAAGAAUAUAUCGAUUUUUUGAAUCAAGCAAGCAGGGAGGAGCUUAUGGAACUAAAGGGAAUUGGACAGAAGAUGGCCGAGUACAUACUUGAGCUAAGAGAAACAAGUCCACUAAAAUCGCUAAAUGAUUUGGAGAAGAUAGGGCUCUCAUCCAAACAGGUGCAUAACAUGUUCAAUAGAACUGCAAGAGGAUUAUUUGGUUUGACUACAUAAUACUAUGCAACACUCAGUUGCUUUCACCUUGUAUCAAUAUGUUUCUUUACUGCUCUCUCUCUCUCUCUCUCUCUCUCUCUCUCUCUUGUUUUUCAAUCUUUUUUUUUUUUUUUAAAAUUUUUUCCCUGGGUGUUGUAGUAAAACUCUGUUGUAUGUUUGUGGUGGAGUUCCAUUUGAUGCUAACAACAUAGUGAUUCGUUAAUUUUAUCAAAUUGUAAUGGUCUUUUGUUAACACAGA